AUGCCCGUAACCACGCGUGGAGGCCUACCCGGCGCCGACUACAAUUACUUGAAAGCCCAACCGCCCGCCUGGGAUUCGGUUCGAACUGGACUGUCCAUUUUUGCUUUGUUUGUCAUUGCACGCUACUGUGUGCAGAGGACGUACCGAUGGCUUAGACCAGCUGCGAGGCGUAACACCACUGCAUCACCCUCCCCCACUUACAACUUACUGCCCCAAAGACAGUACCAGCCACACCUUGGCCCGAUGGAUGAUGAAAAGAGGAUUCAAGGGGUCAACGACCAACAGCAAGAUGUGAAUGCGCCGGCGACAGCAGCGACGACGAUGACGACGACAACGACGACGGCUUCUCCCAUUGAUCGGCGCCCGCAUUGGAGAAGCGCUGGCGGCGCCUUGCCUGGACCCUUCAUCUCCCGGCUGCCUCCCGCGCCACCUUUGACUCCGCCGGAGCUGAGCACAGCCGUCUUCACCUUGGACGAGCAGUCGCCCAGCAGCCAGAGCUUCAUUCACCAGCCCAACCCCGAUUACAUGUCCUCGACGUCCACUACUGCCAUUCAGACAGACGGCCCUGAUUCUGCCUCCAUCCCCCGGCGGCGAUCCUACACUAAGACGUUCCCCAUUAGCGUCUCUGUGUCUCACUCUCCUCCCUCGCAGUCGCCCAAGGCUGAAUCACCGGAUUCAGCCUUUUCGCCCAGCUCCUACCCCCCGUCGACUGGGUUGCUACCGCCUGCGCCUCCCUCUGGUCUGGACCUGGAGGCGGAUGAUUACAGCCAUGGCCAUGGCCACCGGAACGUCGAUUUGCAAGGCGAGAUCAUCUCGGUCCUCGAUCGCGAAGGAGCUGGCUGGACUCGCCAUACACGUGUCUACGGUGGCGGAGCCUGCCUGGCCUGCGCCGCCAGCGGCGGAGGUUUCUACGGAGCCAAUGUCACCCCAGAAGAGAUGCGAUGA